AACAUAUUCUCUACCCCAUGAAAGUUCCUACUUAGCUUCUCUCUACUCAUCACCACCGCCAAGCAAGCCAUGGAACCGCCAUUACAACAUCCUCCAACCCCCCGCCCUCCCACCAUUCUCGGAAAAUACCAACUAACCCGCCUCCUUGGCCGCGGCAGCUUCGCCAAAGUCUACAAAGCUCAUUCCCUCCUCGACAACGCCACCACCGUCGCCGUCAAAAUCAUCGACAAGUCAAAAACCGUUGACGCCGCCAUGGAGCCUCGCAUUAUCCGUGAAAUCGACGCCAUGCGCCGUCUCCAACACCACCCUAACAUCCUCAAAAUCCAUGAAGUCAUGGCUACAAAAACCAAAAUCCAUCUUAUCGUUGAAUUCGCCGCCGGUGGUGAGCUUUUCUCCGCUCUCUCCCGCCGUGGAAGAUUCUCCGAAUCCACCGCUCGUUUCUACUUUCAACAGCUUGUCUCUGCGUUACGUUUCUGCCACCGUAACGGCGUCGCUCACCGUGAUCUUAAACCGCAAAAUCUCCUCCUCGACGCCGAUGGGAAUCUCAAGGUUUCCGAUUUCGGUCUCUCUGCUCUUCCUGAACAUCUCAAAGACGGACUACUCCACACUGCUUGUGGUACGCCGGCGUACACUGCGCCGGAGAUUCUCCGGCGUAGUGGCGGUUACGACGGAUCAAAAGCCGACGCGUGGUCGUGUGGACUCAUACUCUACGUACUUCUCGCCGGUUAUCUUCCGUUUGACGAUUUGAAUAUUCCGGCGAUGUGUAAGAAGAUUUCCCGGCGAGAUUAUCGGUUUCCGGAUUGGGUUUCGAAACGUGCGCGUAUUGUGAUAUAUAGGUUACUUGACCCGAACCCGGAAACGCGAAUGAGUUUGGAGGGUUUAUUUGGCAAUGAAUGGUUUAAGAAAUCGUUAAAACCCGAAGCUGAACCGGAAAAGAGUAUAUUCGGGUGUGAUUAUGGGAAGGAAGGGAAAAAUUUAGGUUUGAAUGCGUUUCAUAUAAUAUCUAUGUCUUCGGGUUUGGAUUUGAGUGGUUUAUUUGAAACGACGUCGUCUUCUCAAGGUGGUAAUAAUAAUAAUACAUGGAGGGAGAAGAGGUUUACUUCUAGUGCAAACAUUGAAGUGGUGGGGGAAAAGGUGAAGGAAGUGGGAGGAGUUUUGGGGUUUAAGGUUGAGGUUGGGAAGAAUAGUGCAAUUGGAUUGGUGAAAGGGAAGGUGGGUUUGGUAGUUGAAGUUUUUGAGAUUGUGCCUUGUCAACUUGUUUUGGUGGCUGUUAAGGUGGUUGAGGGUGGUUUCGAGUUUGAGGAUAAUCAUUGGGAGGAUUGGAAAGUUGGUUUGCAAGAUCUUGUGAUUUCAUGGCACAAUGAAGAGUCUUCAUGAAUAUCCUAAUUAACCCUAAUCCUACAUGUAUACACAUACAUAUAGUUUAGAUGAGUGCAUGUACGUAGUAUGCUUUGAAGAAUUAGUCGCUAUAAACAUGACACAUUUUGAACCUAAGAUGACCAAGAAAUUAACUUUAGUAUACGAUGAUGAUGAUGAUGCUUAAUAGAUGUUUAGUGAGACAUACUUCUUCUUAAUUAACUUCUAGGAUUAUUGUUAAAUUACAUGCGUGUUAAUUUUAUGUUGGUUUCAUCUCUUUCUUCUUUUAAAGAAAAAAUAUUACUAUUAUGUAUAUGAGUAUGGUGCUAAUGUGUAUCUUCUCCCGUUAGUUGCGA